CUAGAAGGCGACAAUCCGAGCAGCCGAUUUUAUGGCGUCUUUGAGCACAUAGUGGACCGCUGAUGUAUGAGAGGUCGUGUAUCUGGAGCUGAGGAGCUACAUCAUGCGCAUCUCCAGGAGGUCAGGAUCUGGACAGGUAUAAGACCUGUGGCGCUCACGGAUGGAGGAGUAGCAGAUGUUUAAAGGAUCUGGAUGCCGCUCACAAUCACACUUCCAUACAAGCACCAGGCCUGGCACACUUCAGUCCCACAUGGAUGGAUCCUGCUGUAGGAGCUGCACUCAUGGAAUACAAAGCCCGUGUUGGUGAGCAUGCCCGCGUUUCUGAGUCCACCCCUCUUCGGGAGCCUCUCCACGGCGUUCUCCUCCUGACACAGCCUCUCCACUCGGACAUCCCCUGGUCGCUUCGACUGCCCUCGCCAUGAGGGCAACUGCUCGGUGAUUUUGAUACAUCUGCGAGUCUGCACGGACCCUCUUUUGGGGGGUUUCGAGGUUUUGUUGGUUACAUACCGGAUUUAUCUGCACUCUGAGCUUCCUUUGUGUCAAAGGGUUUAACACAGAGUGCGGGGAAAGCAACGGAGCAGGGACUUAACUUGCGCACCGCUUCUGUCUUUUUGACCGGGUCGUGAUGGCAGGCAGCCGGUCGGAGGUGCAGGACCACCCGUCCGAGAACGGCUUCACCCCGCUGGAGCGCCCAGCGCCCCGGCUGCUGCCGCACAUCGACGGCUGCGUACUGCCAUCUCUGGGGGGCUUCGGGAAACAUCAGAAGCAGCUCGUAGUCCUGACCUGGAUACCGGCAUUGUUCAUCGGCUUUAGUCAGUUUUCGGAUUAUUUCCUCCUGGCGCAACCCAAUGGCACGUGCGUGCAGCCCCUGGGUAACGACAGCAACUGGACCAUGACAUCUCAGCCGGUCACGGUCCCCACCAGCGGCGCGCCCGCGCUGCAACUCAAAGACAACGGCACCGGGGUGGGAUACGGCGAUGGCAGCGGACUGCUGUGCGCGUGCAAGGAGUGGAGGUUGGAGCUGCAAACGGGACUCAGUCAGAAUGUGGUUACCAAGUGGAACCUGGUUUGUGACUCAGCCUGGAAGGUUCACAUUGCCAAGUUCUCCCUGCUUGUGGGGUCCAUAUUUGGCUACCUGGUGAUGGGUGUUAUGGCCGACUGGUUUGGCCGACAUCCAGUGUUGAUUCUCUCGGUGCUUUUCAUGCUGGUGUUCGGUCUGACUGUUGCCUUCUCUGUAAAUGUCACCAUGUUCAGCACCUUGCGCUUCUUUGAGGGUUUCUGCUUGGCGGGCCUCGCUCUUUCCCUCUACGUGCUCAGGAUCGAGCUUUGUCUGCCAGGCUGGCGUUUCUCCAUGACCAUGGUGGCCAGUUUUCUGAAGGUGGGCGGGCAGCUACUGAUGCCAGGGGUGGCUGCUCUUUGCCGUCAUUGGCCAAAUCGGGAUGACUGGCAGGUGCUGCAGAUAGUCAUAAUCAGCCCUUUCGUUCUGAUGCUACCCUACGUCUGGAUUUUUCCCGAAUCUCUGCGCUGGUUGCUGGCCACCCAACAAUACAGGCGGUCCAAAGCCAUGAUGCUGCGCAUUGCCAGAAAGAACCAGGUUGACAUGACAACGGAGCCCAGCGGAGUUCUUACAGAACUGGAGCAGGAGCUGCACAAGAAACCCCAGAGGACCUGCAUUGUCAAGAUGAUGAGCACCAGGAACCUGUGGAAAAACAUUGUGGUGCUGUGUGUCAACUCUCUGACAGGUUAUGGGAUUCACCACUGCUUCUCCCGCAGUAUGAUGGACCCAGAGGCCCAGCCCACAGCUAUGUGCCACGCUGAUUAUUACACCAUGGCUGGCAUCGCUGUGGCAACCUGCCUGGCACUUUGUCCUGCAGUGGGGUUGAUGGGUCGGCGUGGGGGUCUGCUCACCUUCAUGAUUAUUACUGCUCUGGCAUCACUACUUCAGCUGGGCCUCCUUAACUUGAUUGGAAAGUACAGCCUUCGCCAUGACACAGUUCUACGAGAUACUCUGAACAGGAAAUUCUCUGUGGCCUUCUCCAUCAUCGGCAUGUUCUCGUCUCAUGCUGUCAGCACACUCAGCAUCUUCUUUUGUGCUGAAAUCACCCCUACUGUCAUCAGGGGUGGUGGUCUGGGUCUGGUCCUGGCUAGUGCUGGCUUUGGCAUGCUUACUGCCCCCAUCAUGGAGCUCCACAACCAGAAGGGCUACUUUCUGCAUCAUGUGAUCUUCGCCUGCUGCACUCUGCUCUGCAUCAUCUGCCUGCUGCUGCUGCCAGAGCCGCGGGGUCAGCCCCUGCCUGAGAGCCUGGCCGACGGAGAGACCUUCACCCGUCAGACCCUGCUCCACCCAGGAGAGCAGCACCUCCUUCUCGCCAAAUACGACAGGGACUACUCCCGUGUCCAUGACACGCCGUUACACCUCACAGCCACUGGGGGUGCUACAGUGGCAGUAGCCACCGCUCUGGCAGCGGUACCUGCUUCGUACGCUCUGGCAACCGGUGGGGAGGUGAUUGGAAAUCGUGCCAUAGCCAACGGGGUGUGAACAUCAAAGCAAUAGUCUACUGUUCUAGUUACUGCUGCAUCAUUAACUAAUGACUAACUAACUGAACGGACACUGAACUUGUGCACAAAACAUUCAAGGGAAAAAAAAUGUUCGGAUGAACCAGUUGAGCUCUUGUAGUGAGGUUUGAGAUGAUGACAGUAGUAAAAUUCUGUACUUUGUAGUGACAAUGAUUCAUUCAGGAGUUGCCAAAAAAAUAUAUUGUACUGGACCAAGUUUAUCUGUGUGUGAAAUGCGAGCGUCUUUGGUGGUGUUGGUGGUUUUCUCGUGCUACCAGCUGCCCUGUCGGGAGGAAGUAAGCAGACCAGGGAAAGGGCAGCAGAUUAACUUAAUGUGAGUUUUCUGUUUGUAGUUUGGGCUUGUUUGAACAGGAUUUUACUGCAUCUUAAAACUCUUUGGAUGUUAUUUUGCACUAAAUGUCAAAGACACAAUCAAAUGUUUGUGAUUUUUAGCCAAAUGUUGUAAUCUAGGGUUUGGCUAAACCACUACCACUAUUUUUGCAUGAAAGGGCACAAAUUGUUUUACAUUCUUAUUUUUCCUUCUCCAUCUGUGGUCUCUAAUAGAAGUCACUUUAUUCUCAGAGGUGAAGUCAGUGUAGACACUGAGUUUUAAGUAAGCAUUACUACUGUUGUGGGCAUAUGAUGGCUGUCAGAACAGCCGGAGACCUCAGCAGACUGUAAGUGUAGCGUUUAGAUACUACAGAUAAAACAAACCUGAGGGCUGAACGGACAUGACUGCGACCUGUCGGCCAGUGUUCUGCUGCAUGUCUUAUGAUGCAUCUCUGCAUUUCAAUGGCUUUAUCGCGAUGGUUCUGUUAACAGAUAAAAUACAAUGUAAUUAGGGAAAUCUAGUAUUUAUUUUGUAAUGCUGCCAAGGGCAAUUAUGUUGCUUGAAAUACCUCCUUAAUUAGCAAAUAUUUCCAGUUCUCACUCCGUGUUCUUUGUACUGUGGUAAUGUUGUACUCCUGCUCCUCAGAUCUGUAACUCUAGCCAGAAAGCACAAUAUUUCACUUUUUUAAAUGUGUGAAGUUUAGAAUAGAGCAGCGUAGACCUGGCCUAGUUGUGACUAGUGUACAUUUAUACAGUAUUCCUUAGGACUGCUAAAAAUGUAAGGUAUGUGUACAUGUGCCAUUCAUUCAUAAUGUAUGGACUGUAAUCUUCAUGGACUUUAAAGCACAACAAACCCUUCUCAUAAAUUAUUUCUUUGUAAACGUAUAACAGGUACAGACAUCCCUUAAUUUUUCAAACCACAUUUACUCCAUAGGACAUGUAUUAAACAUGCUGUAUGGUUUCCUAGUUUGUAUGUUUUCAAUGGUUAAAACACAAAAAGGAAGAAAAAAACUCAACCAAUAAUACUGUUUUCUAAGUGUUAUUUUUUUAAUAAGAUGCAUUUGUACAAAAAGCCAUAGGCCUACAUGUUUUGAUAAUAAACCACUUAAUUUAUAACAUCAAUAAAAGAACACUAAAUAUGA